AUGACAUCUAGUCUCAGGAGGAAGAGGGAGGCCGCUAGUCUUGACAGCACUUCCACAACAUUGGUGGAUCAUUCCAAGUCUAAAGUCUGGAACUAUUACACCAAGCUGGGUGAUACCUGCGUGGAGUGUAAUGUAUGCAGGAAGCAGAUGUCCUUCCAUAACAACACUACCUGCAUGAGAGAGCACCUGGUGAAGAGGCACAGUAUCCUUGAUGCAGGAUUUAUUAAAAUUAAGGAGGGGUCCAAGAAAGAAUUACCCAGCCUGGAGGGUUCCCCCAAGAGACUGAGACAGGCUUUCCCAGAAAGGGAGCUGUGUGAAGCUAGAACUGAGGUGAUUUCUGAACUUGUUUUGGAAAUGAUAUUUCGUGACCUUCAUUCAUUCUCUCUAGUUGAGGAUAAAGGUUUUAGUUAUCUCAUUGCAUAUUUAGAGCCUGGUUUUAGUUUUCCAUCCCCUUUGCAGUUAUCAAGCAUGCUGUGGAACAAAUAUAAUUUGGUAAAGCAACAAGUGCAAUAUUGCUUGCAGACUGCUUCCUCUGUUGUACUGUCUAUAGAAAGCUGGACAUCCCUUGCCAACCAGCCCUGUAUGAGCAUCACUGCUAACUUUAUUGAUGGUGAGUGGAGGUUGUCAAGUUAUAUGCUCGAAACCCACCAUCUUAACUUGAGUAAGACUGAAGACAGCUUAGCAGAGAGGCUUUGCAAUGUUCUUGUAGAGUUUGGCUUAUCAAUGAAGGCUGUAUCAUGCAUUGUACAUGGACACUCACCAUCUUUGUUAGCCAAUGCCCAAUCUCUUAAGGUUGCCCACACAUGGACAAGCCUUUGCUGUGCUGCUAAUAUUUUACAGCUAUGCGUCCGAGCUGGACUGGAGAUUCAAGAAGUGCAGGAGGCACUGGGAUCUGCCAGAGGGUUGGUGAGACAUUUUCAGCAAGAUCUUGAAGCCAGUUGUUUGCUGAAUGCUAAACUGGAGGCAAUGAACAAGCCCAGAUUGGUGUUGGAUAAGGACUUUUGCUGGAUCACCACUCUGGAGAUGUGUGAGGGCUUGUUGGACCUUAAGUGGGCCAUCCUUUCUGUUAUAGAAGACCAGGCAGUACAGGAUAUCACUGAGCAACACUGGAAGCUGCUUCAGGAUCUGGUUCCUAUACUAAGGACAAUACGGAUUGCCACCGCUUUUCUUCAGGAGCAACAGAAUUCUUCAGUGUCCUCUUUGAUGCCCUGUAUCCAUGGGAUUUUAACAGCUCUUGGGCAGUUUUUCGAAGAUAGCAGUGGCAUUGUUAAAUCGGUUGCGGGUAAAAUACGGUCUGAGAUUUGCAGGCAUUGGGAAUUACUGGAUGAGGAGAAAAUGUUAACCAACCCAGCUGUUAUUGCUUCAUUUUUGGACCCUCGUUUUAAAGAACUAAGGUUUCUAAAACCUAGAGCUAGAGGAGAGUUGCACACCCAAAUGAGGAAUGUGCUGUCACAGACCUCUGAACUCCCAUCUUCUUCCAGGAUCCAUCCUUUGUCUUUGUUGUGCUACAGGGUUUCCGGAGGGGAAGAGGCAUCUGUUCAGUGUGACAAAGCUAGGGGAGCAGUAUUUGAAGACAUGUACGACUUUCUCCUAGGUAAAGAUCCCACAGAGAGCAUGCCUGAAGUCCAGCAGCAGCUGGAGAACUACAUAGUAGAACCAAUCUGCAAACGUACCACCGACCCCCUCAUCUGGUGGAAGGAGAACCAUAAUCGUUUCCCAGCACUUGCCAAACUUGCCUGCCAAUACCUUGCAGUGCCAGUCACUGUAGUAAAGCCUGAACGUGCAUUUGCUGCAAAACCUAACCUAAUGGAUCAGCGCAGGGCUGCAUUAGACCCACGAUUUAUGAACCAAAUCUUGUUCUUGCACCAGAAUGUGGACUUGUUGAAAUUGGCUAAAACCAAAUGA